AUGCGCACCCUUUGUCCCUCGAAACGCCAUUCCUUCUCUUCCACAUCAGUUUCUUCUCGUCUGAACCGCUCUGUUGUAUUUCUGUCUCAGGCGCGAUGCUUCCACAAAACCUCCUCAAGCUCCAAGGGUUCAGCAAUCUUCAAAAAUAGCCUGCAGAAAACCCUUGAGGCGCAUCGGUCCUUGAACCGAGCCAGUCUAAUCCGCAGGAUACCAUACAAGGCAGAUCACGAUGACACCCUAGAGGAUGUGACAAAGAGCGAUGGCUCAUCCGGCGAUUUGCCGACCGCAGAUGUAACUUCCACGCCUCCCUCGACCCCGAGAAGCCCCAAAAGGAAACCUCGCUCCAUUCCGAAACCCAACCAACUCUCCCAUUCCUUCCAACACACUGUCCCACAUCGAUCCAUACAGUGGUGUUCCGACCCCAAAACAGGCCGAUCAAACCAAUCGCCGUGGUUAGAAGACUUGGAUUUCGACCGGCCCUUCAGUGAUGGCCUCUCGCAGCUGGAUGCCGAGAUCUGCGCACUUGAGAAAUACCUCAUGCCCACCCCACCAGAGGAGGAGCAGGUAUAUACGAUUGCCGCGGACGUUACCCGUCGUCUUGAAGGCACCGUGCCCCAUCCUCCCUUUAUCAUCGGGUCAUGGCGAACCGGGUUGGCCAUGAGUCACUCCGAUCUAGACCUUCUUCUGCCCGUCCCUGACUCGGUACGAUCCGUUGAAAAUAUUCGAAAGCCAAGCGCCACGCGCCCCAAGGCCCUGGGUCAACAUAGGAGCCUGCUACGCGAUGUUGAACAGGCACUCCGGAAAUGCCCAUCUUUUGGCCACCGCAUUUACCAAUCAACAGAGCUGGACUCCAUCACAGCUAUCGAUACCCGUACGGGUCUCCGGCUUCGCUUCUAUUGUGGUGAAGGUACACCCCCAAUAAUCGAGUAUAUCAAGGAUUAUUGUGCCGAGUACCCGUCGCUUCGGCCUCUCUACAUGGCUACACGACUUAUCCUCGAAACUCAAGGUGUGUAUGGCCGGCACGCAUCGUCCGUCAGAUCCGAGGCACUUGUCAUGCUUGUCGUGGCCUUUUUGAAGAUGAGCCACGGCCGGUUCCGACAAACCGAUAGUUUAGGAGAGACGCUCCUUGCUUUUUUGCAAAUGUACGGCACCCAAGUCGAUCUCACGACGACCGGUAUCUCCGUCGACCCUCCGGGUUUCUUCGAUGCAGACACCAUCAAAACAGCCAGCCGCAUGUACGGCCUGGACGAUAUCCCUGCCCAUCUGCGUGGCCAAAGAGCUAUAAUUAACCUGAAGAGAACUGCCGCAACCAGAGGCAACAGGGUUGCGGCUACACGGCUAUGCUUGCAGAACCCCACCAACUAUAUGGACGACCUAGGCCGUUUUUGUAUCGAGACCAUGGCUCUACAGUCCGCGUUGGCGGGCACCUGCAAGCGUCUCAGAACGGCUCUCGACAUGUGGGAGAGGUGCAUGCCGGUUGAUCCAGAUUGCAGUGUGCUGAGUCGUGUCCUGCAAGCCAACUUCGAUGAUUUCAACGAUGUACGCAGCCGACUCGCGUUGGGAGGGGGGACGAAUACGUAA